UAAUAGUUACUCUUCAAAUUGCCCCCAAAUAUCCUGCCCUUAUCGAUAGACACUGUGUCAUUGACGAGGAAGCAAGGAUUAUUUAUUGCAUGAGUUACUCGGGUUGACUAAACUCUGAUCCAGUUCAUAUAUACAACCAGGCGUUUCAACAAUUUGCAAAUGGUGACAGCAAAAUGAACACAAGUGCCCUUGUAACAUUUUAAUACAAAUGAUAACAGAGUUGCACUUGUUAAACAUUGUUGAGAGUAGAGCACAAGCAGAAGAAGAAAAGUAAGUCCGGAGCAGGGCACCUGGACGAACUGAUAAAAAUUAUGGAAAAUAAUACAGUUGAAACUUUUCACCAAUGUGUUGUAUGCGAUGAGAUUUUUCAACAAUACAGUGACUUAGAAAACCACAACAAAAUACAUGUUAAAGAUGAGAAAACAGAGAAUGUUGAAAACCACAACAAUGUAACUGUAGUAGAUUUGAAAACUGGGGAUAUCGAAAACCACAGCAAUAUUCUUGUGAAAGACGAAACAGGUCUUGAAUCAAUUGAAAAUUACCCUGUACAUUUUGAACGAGAGACAACGGAUGAUGUUGCUACAUUUCAUCAGUGUGUUGUAUGUGAUUCAAUUUUUCAAAAAUAUAAUGAUUUAGAAAAUCAUAGUAAAAUACACAAACAAGUUAAAACAGAGCCAGAAGAGUCAAUUGGAUUUACUUCAGUUUGUAAAAAGAGUUUUGAACAAUUUAAAGAUCUAGAAGUGCACAGCGCUGUUCAUUUAGAAAUGACAAUUCCAUCGAAGGAAUGUAAAACCACAAAACCCCCAGCUAAAAAAACGAAGAAGGGAAGGAAAUCGUUUGACUGUGGUGUGUGUGAUCGAUCAUUUAAUUUCAACAGUGGGUUAAUAGGUCACAUGAGGCUCCAUACGGGUGAAAAACCCUUUACAUGUAACGAUUGUGGAAAAUCAUUUUCGAGAAAAAAUGAUCUCAACAGACAUUCGAAAAUUCAUUCUGGUGAGAAACCAUUUCAGUGUGGUGUUUGUAGUAAAUCGUUCAGUCAGAACAGCAGUCUUCUGACACAUAUCCAAAAUCACACUGGACAAAAGCCAUAUAAAUGUGAUGUUUGUGGUAAAUCAUUUUCAUGGAGCAGCGAUCUUCUUAGACACAUGAGGAUUCAUACAGGGGAAAAACCCUACUCAUGCAACAUCUGCGAUAAAUCAUUCGCACAGCAAAGCAGGCUGCUGACGCACAUGCAGAAUCAUACGGGUGAAAAACCUUUUGUCUGCGAAGUUUGUAGUAAAUCAUUUUCUGCCAAUAGUGAUCUUAUCAGACAUAUCAGGACACAUACAGGUGAGAAGCCAUUCACCUGUGAAAUUUGUGAUAAAUCGUUCACCCAGAACAGCCGCCUGGUGGCCCACGUUCAGAAUCAUACAGGGGAUAAGCCCUUUAAAUGCGAAAUGUGCGAGAAAUCUUACGUGACGAAUAGCGAUCUGAGACGACAUUCUAGGAUUCAUUCCGGGAUUAAACCUUAUCCGUGCGGUUUUUGCAAUCAUUCCUUUUACGCCCAAUAUCAACUAAAUAGACAUCUUGUUACACAUUCGAAGAUAAAGCCGUAUAAAUGUGACACAUGUUUUAAAACUUUUAAUCAUAAAAGCAGUCUUCGAAAACAUGUAACAAUUCAUGUUGAAGGUAAACUUGCAGCAGAUAUCAUAUCUGCUAAAAAAGACUGUCAACCUUCAUUAUUAGGGGACCGGCAACCUUUGUUAGGAGAGGAUCGUCAACCUUCAUUAGGAGAGGACCACCGGCAAACUUCAUUAGGAGAGGACCGCCAGCCUUUAUUAGGAGAGGACCUCCAGCCUUUAUUGGGAGAGGACCGUUAACCUUCAUUAGGUGAGGACCAUCAAGCUUCAUUAGGAGAGAACCAGAAAUCUUCAUUAGGAGAGGACUGUCAACCUUCAUUAUUAGGGGACCGGCAACCUUCAUUAUUAGGAAAGGAACAUAAACACCUUAAAAUGAGAACCUCGAGUCACCACUUAAUUAUAGGAAAUACUUACUACACUAUGAUAAAACUAACUUGUUGCUAUGAUACAUGUACAUAUAUGUAUACAUAUUUACUACACUAUGAUAAACUAACCUGUUGCUACAUGUAUACAUGAUAUAUACUACACUAUGAUAAAACUAACCUGUUGAUAUGAAUCCUAAUAUGCUCACCAAUUGUCUAUGCUAUCUUUGUCAACGAUUCCCACAGGAAAAGUUUUGAGGUAAAUGUGCUGACCAGAAUAUAUCUUCAAUUCUUCAAUAUGAUUAUUUUUUUUAUUUUACAUCUAUAUUAUUUACAUUGUUUGUCUUCCAUUUGUAUUAACUGUACAUAUGUAUU